UGUCACACGUUUUAGAAGAAGCUUCAUUACACACCGUCCACCACCAGCCACUAUAGCCAUGCCACCAGCGGAUCGUGGUAGGGAUGUUUAAUUUGUCCGAAAGUUUCAUACUUAAUUAUAAUUGAUACCAUGCGGUAAAUUCAACCUCAAAAAGAAAACCAACAGAGCGGUUAAUAGGUUAACUCAUAGGGUUAACUAAGCUAACCAACGGUUACUACAGUGCGUCCGUCAAAUCCGUCCUCGCCCUUUUGAGCCAUCAAAGAGAGGUGGACAGGCAGGAAACAUGACCAGUUUUGCGAGUCGGGUGUUUUUCAGGGUUGACAGGGUGUGUCGCCACCUCCCUGUGGUCCUCAACACAUUCCUGGUCUUUUCAAUCACCGGGGAGGUGAGCUACCUGGUGCUGGUCGAGCCUUCGCUGGAGGUGGACCAGAACAAGACGGUGUGGUCCGCCUGGUGGAAAGCGGUCCACCUGCUGGCUCAGUACUUCAUGCUGGGAAACAUCUGCUGGAACGCCCUGCUCUUCCUCAGAACCAGCCCCAGCAUAAAGGGAGUGUUCCUGGGAGGACAGGGCAUGGGCCAGGGGUGGAGGUACUGCUAUACAUGCGAGACACAUACUCCUCCUCGCUGCUCCCAUUGCUACGACUGCAAAGUGUGCGUUCUGCGGCGGGAUCACCACUGCGUCUUUUUUGGCCAGUGUGUGGGCUUCCGUAACUACCGCUACUUCCUGUGCUGCUUGUUUUUUAUGUGGUCGGGGCUCCUGUACGCCACUCUGAUGAAUGCAGAGGUCUUCAUCAUCAUAUUGAAGGAGGGUGUGACUAUGCACAGCGUUCUGCUGCUGCUCAUACCCUGGAUCAUGCUAGUUUCAGGCCAAGUCUCAGCACGUGCCUUUGCCUUUGCCUUCAUCGCUGACACAUGCGUGGUGGGCUUUCUCCUGGUGUCCGCCUUCUUCUUCUUCCAUCUCUACCUUAUGUUUCGGGGUCAAACCACAAGGGAGUGGUAUUCGACACGCCGACCCUACAACCUCGGGCUCCUGGGCAACCUGCGCCACGCUCUGGGCCUUCGCUGGUACCUCUGCUGGCUUUGUCCACUCCUCCCGUCACCUGUCCCUGGAGACGGGAUAAACUUCCAGGUCACAGGAUCGCUGGAACCCACCCGGUGACAGCUGAAGAUCUGAAUAGGAACAGGUCGCAUGUCCUUGCUUUAGUGGUGAUGGUUUAUGUUAUCGGGAGCAGCAGCAGGGAAAAUCACCUCAGUUCAAGAAGAGGCUUGGGAUGGGAAGUAGCCGGUGUGUGGGUGUUUAUGAUGUUAUUGGGUGUAACUGUCUACCGGUAUUAUCUCCGUAGUGUUUACCUGUGCUGAGACAAAGAAAUGAUGGGUCUACUCUGGAAGGUAUAUUGACUUUGACUUAAAAGUAAUCUGUACUGUACACUCAUUGCCUCAGAGUAUUAACACAUAAAUUAGCAUUGUACCACAGGAAUAUUGUGCCCUGAAAAUAUAUGUAAACAACACUGAAACUGGAAUGUAUUUUAUUGAUCGUGAAAAAUGUAUGAUUUUAAAAUCCUUGUUAACAAGCACACGCAACUACAGACUACGACUCCUGGGCAGUCAUCCUCUUGGGAUGACAACUUAAAUGGACUUUUCUUGUACUGAUUAUUUUGCCUAAGGUCAUACAAAUUUGGCUUGCACUGUUCCUCAAUAUCCCACAGGAUUCUAAAUCCGCAGCUGUGCGUUAGCUGCUCGGAUCAUGACGUGUGUUCCACUUAUCUACAUCCACUCCUGAGCUCCAGCUGAGUUUAUUACACAGAGCUUUUUAUUGUAAAAUUUGUUGCACCAAGAGAGACGACGAGAGCACUGAGAGGGUGUUUACAAGAGAAUUGCACAUGGUGUAAAAUCUAAUGUUGCAAUUCACAGACACAAUUUAGUGAAUACUUCAUUUAAAAUCUACUUUCACAUUUCCCAUAACCUUGUCUGUUUCUGUCAGUAAUGUACUACAAACUAAACUGACAGUGUAACAACAUGAUGUUGUUACUGACUUGACUGCUGUGUUCCAAUUCCCUACUACAUACCAAUUGUACACAGUAUAUAAUGUAUACUAAUCUUUAGAACAUCCUGUUUUUGUAAUGGGUACAUGGGAAAUCAUUACCUUUUUAUACAAUCGUUUGACACACUAGAAUGAAAAUGU